AUGAUCGUUAUCACUGACUCAUACUCGAAAGCCAUCCAUGCGUUGAAGAGCGUGACCCUGACCAUGAAGAUUAAAAGCUCCAUGUUGCGUUCCAUUACACUUUUUUCUGUACAUUGCAGUAUUCUAGUCCGAUCGUGCCGCGCCAUGUCAUCCGGAGCGAACGAGUAUUUUCGUAAAGAUGGCGUGCGUAUCGCGCAUGAUCCGCAUGCUCCCGGCAUCGCCGAGCUUUACGGAUUACCAGGCAACACCGAUCCGGAAGGUUUCGACCCAUACGCCGAUACAGUCGGUCCUGGUAUAUACGGUGGAGCUGUAAAGCGUGGCAUGAACGGAGAGGUUGAGAUGGGUCGACAGUACCAAAAUCACAUUCACAAACCGGGUCCGGUAUAUUCCGGAACCGGCUAUUCCCUCAUGUCGCGAGCGAUCCAUGCCGGACCCGAGAAGGUUAGACAAAUUCUUCAGGAUCAUCCAGAUUUGAAGGAUGAAGUAACUACAGGAGGUGCUCGACCCUUACACAUUUGUGGAAUGAGCCAAACAGGUCAGCUGUCCACAAAAGUUCUCGUUGACGCCGGAGCAAACCUACUGCUACAAGACACUUAUGGCUACACGGCACUACAUCGUAUGGCUUCUAACAAUCUAGCAAUAGGUGGAGAAGUUUUGGUCAAGGCAGGCAUGGACCCGAACAUGCACGUUGAAGGAGCCGAUGCAACUCCGGUUGAGAUCGCGCAGCGUUCCCGUGCUGUUCAAUUUCUCAUGUCCAUGCAAAAGCUCGGACAUUUCGAAUGACGAGGAAGCCUGGUUUCUACUUACAGGAAGUCUGUACAGUAUAGUGCAU